AUGCUACUGGCAAACGGUGCUUCUAUACCGACCAUCGCCGGCGCUGUCGAGGAGGAGGAGUACGCACGCAGCGAGGCAAACAGCGUGCAUUACGAUGGAUACGUUACUGAUCACACCGAUCUGGCCUCGGAGGUCGAUAUCGACGAGUCCGAGUACAGACGAGAGUUGCUUAAUGACAAAUGGCGAAUGCUCUUCGACAAGUUCGAUCCGGAGGGUUUUGGAGAGAUACCGCUGGAGGACUUUCUGACAGCCUUGAAAAGCCCCGAAUGGAAGGCAGAGAUACCGACGAACAAACGUGACAUACUUCUAACCAGGGCGAAAGAGUCGCGUGUUGAGGCAGUUACUUUCCAGGACUUCGUCAAUGUGGUGAGUUUGUAA